UCUCCAACCACUAUUCACCACAUUCAAUGGAGUCAUCACAACAAUAUGAGAUAUCUUCAAGCUCUUCUUCUGAAAAACCUAGAAACUAUUCCCAACCUCUUGAUCUCUUCCUUAACCUCAACCAAAACUCUUGUAAUAACAAUACCUUAGUUGAGCCUUUACCUCUUCUUGAUCGGAUCAACUUGAACUCAAACCCUAAGCCCUUGUCCGGUGAAGAAGAACAAGAAGAUGAAGAGGAUGUUGAAGUGGACGUGGACUUACACAUCGGUCUUCCUGGUUUUGGUAAGUCGUCAAGCAAUGAUGCUAAAGAUCCUAAGAAGAGUACUAAUGGGAAGGAGAUCGUCACGUUUGAUGCCGGAAAAGAUAUCGAGAAUGAAGUUUCCGGUAAGGGGUACUGGAUUCCGGCGCCGGAGCAAAUUCUAAUAGGCUUUACUCAUUUUUCUUGCCAUGUUUGCUUCAAGACAUUUAAUCGUUACAACAAUCUUCAGAUGCACAUGUGGGGGCACGGUUCACAAUACAGAAAAGGACCAGAGUCACUCAAAGGCACACAGCCACGAGCCAUGUUAGGAAUCCCUUGUUACUGCUGCGUUGAAGGGUGCAGGAACCACAUUGACCAUCCUCGUUCUAAGCCACUCAAAGACUUUAGAACGCUUCAAACGCACUACAAACGCAAACAUGGCCACAAACCUUACUCGUGUCGCAUUUGCGGUAAGCUUUUGGCUGUCAAGGGAGAUUGGAGAACACAUGAGAAGAACUGUGGGAAACGUUGGGUUUGCAUUUGUGGUUCGGACUUUAAACACAAACGUUCCCUUAAGGACCAUGUUAAGGCGUUUGGACAAGGUCAUGGGCCUUAUCCGAGUGGUUUGUUUGAAGAGCAGGCUUCUAAUAAUUCAUCUGUCUCCGAGACUUUGUUCUUUUGAAGUUGGUCAUCUUUUAUUUUUGUUUGCUUAUGGACCAUUUCUUUUGGCUUGAAUAAUAUGUGUGGUAUGAUUGGUAUCUAA